AUGGCGUUGACGGAGGAAGAAAAGAAGGCAAAGAUCGAAGAAAUCUCUGCGAGAGGCAGAGCGAAAGGAUGGUCCGGAGAAGCGGUGCGCAGCGCCUACGUCGACUUCUUCGAGGUUCACGGCCACCUGAUCUAUCCGUCUUCGCCCGUCAUUCCUCGGGGAGACAACACCCUCCUCUUCAUCAAUGCAGGAAUGAAUCAGUUUAAGCCGAUCUUCCUUGGUCAAGUUGACCGCAACUCCCCGCUAAGCAAACUGCGUCGCGUUACGGACACGCAAAAGUGCAUCCGUGCAGGUGGGAAGCACAACGAUCUGGAAGAUGUUGGGAAGGACGUGUACCACCACACUUUCUUCGAAAUGCUGGGAAACUGGUCCUUCGGCGACUACUUCAAGCGCGACGCAAUCGCCUGGGCUUGGCAGCUCCUCACGGAAGUCUACAAAAUCCCCAAAGACCGGCUGUACGCGUCCUACUUUGGCGGCGACCCGCGCCUCCCCACUUGCCCGCCGGACAACGAAGCACGCGACCUCUGGCUGCAGUAUCUCCCACCUAACCGCGUGCUGCCUUUCGGGGCGAAGGAAAACUUCUGGGAGAUGGCGGAUACUGGUCCAUGCGGUCCGUGCUCGGAGAUCCACUACGACCGAAUCGGAGGACGCGAUGCGAGCAGUUUAGUGAACGCAGAUGACCCGUCGGUCUUGGAGAUUUGGAACCUCGUUUUCAUGCAGUACAACCGCGAGAAAGACGGAAGUCUUACGCCGCUCCCUGCUCCGUGCGUCGAUACAGGGAUGGGCUUGGAGCGUGUGGCCUCUGUCCUGCAAGACAAGCAAUCGAACUACGACACGGACCUUUUCAUUGCUCUCUUUGACAAAAUUGCCGAACUCACUCCCGGCCUACGGCCCUACGAAGGCAAGAUUGGAGAGGAGGACAAGGACCUCAUCGACAUGGCGUACCGCGUCCUCGCCGACCACGCCCGUUGCCUGACUGCGGCGAUUGCUGACGGCGCAGAGCCUUCGAACGAGGGACGAGGCUACGUGCUCCGAAGAAUCCUCCGACGCGCGGUGCGCUACGCCCGUCAAACGCUAGGAAUGAAAGAGGGGGCCUUCCCGCAACUCGUCUCCGUCGUGGUCUCGCUUCUCGGAUCGACUUUUCCGGAGAUGAAGAAGAAUGAAGAAAAAGUGAUUCGCAUUCUCCACAAAGAAGAACAGCAGUUCUCGCGCACUCUCGACAAUGGCGUGGAACGAUUCAAGAAGGUGGCGAAUUCCCUCAAGGCGAAGGGUGUGAAAGUCUUCCCUGGAAGCGAAGCCUUCACGCUCUACAGCACCUACGGGUUUCCGCUCGACCUUACCCAGUUGAUGGCUGAGGAGGUUGGACUCCAGGUUGACGCCGAGGAAUUCGAACGCAAAUUCGACGCACACCGUGUAGCUUCUGAGAACACCUCGUUCAAGCAAGGCGGAGCAGGAGCGGUGUACGCUCUGCCGCCAGACCAGCAUCAUCUCCUGGCGAAGAAUCGGAACCUCGCCCCCACGGACGACUCCGCAAAGUACCAGUGGAACGUCAAAGAUCUAGCUGCGCUCGUGGCGCAAGAUGCAGUUGAAGCGGCGCCUGUCAAAGCGAAAGUCGCGGCGAUUUGGGACGGAAAGCGAUUUGCGCCGGACGCCGCAGCCGUCGCGUCCCCGACGAGCGAGAACUUCGUCGCCGUGAUUCUCGACAAAACCUGUUUCUACGCAGAACAGGGGGGUCAAGUCGGCGACGUGGGUCGCCUCGUCGAUCUCUCCUCGGGCGCCGAGUUCGAGGUGAUCGAUUCGCAGAAAAGCGGAGACUACGUGCUGCACAUUGGAACGGUUUCGAAGGGCACGCUGAAGGAAGGCAGCGAACUUGUGCCUCUCGUGGACUAUGUGCGUCGCUUCAAGCUCGCGCAACACCACACCGGCACGCAUCUCCUCAACUUUGCUCUGAGGGAGGUUCUGGUUCGAAAAAUGCGCAAGAACGCUGAGGGUGGAGACAAGCGGGAAGACACCAACGGCCUGCACAUCCGCGAGUCGUGCCUGAACGAGCGAGAACUGUCAGACGAAGAAGACAUCCAGCAGAAAGGAUCGCUCGUUGAGGAAAAGAGACUCCGCUUCGACUACGCGGGAGAGAAACCGAUGGAAAACGAGGACAUCCUCGCCGUCGAAAACGUCGUCAAGGACUGCAUUGCGCGGGAACGGCCGGUGCACUACCGAGAAAUCGCGCUCGAGCAGGCGAUGAAGAUUCCGGGGCUGCGCGCCGUGUUCGGCGAGGUGUAUCCGGACCCCGUUCGCGUGGUCUCAGUCGGUUCGCCCAUUGAGGACCUAGUGGAGCUCGCAGUCUCCGGGAAAGGCGAAACGCCCUUCGCCAGCAUCGAACUCUGCGGGGGUACGCAUCUGCACAAUGCGGCGCAGAUCCAGGAUUUCUGCAUCAUCUCGGAAGAGUCGGUGGCGAAGGGCGUGCGGCGCGUCGUGGCAGUGACAGGGGACCCGGCGCUGGAAGCGCGCAAGGAACUCGAGGAGCUCGAGAAAGCGUUUGCGUCGCUCGCCGCGGCGCCGAGGGAACUGCCUGCGUUGGAGAAGGAGGUCUUGAAAGCCCGUGGACUUCUCGACAGCGCGGGGCCGCUCCCCCUUGUCGGGAAGCGCGUACUCGUGAAGCAGCUGGAACAGGCUCAGAAGUCACUGCUUGAGCUCCAGAAGGCCCGCAGCAAGGAACUAUUGAAGGAGGCGAAGCGGCUGGGUGAGGAGGUCGGCAACGAGCACAAGACGAAGCCUUUCCUGGUCCUCAAUCUGCCCCAGCUCCACGGGGAUGGCAAAGCGCUGGACACCGCGUCGCAGACGCUGCAUCAGACAGCCCCGGAGUUGCCUUUCCUCCUCGUCACCGCGAAUCCUGCGACGGGGACUGCAGCGAUCGCGUUUGUGCCCGCGUCCUGUGGCAAAAACGCGGUCGCCGCGCCCUGGCUGAAUGCCUGCGUCGGCAGUCUCGGUGGAAAAGGCGGCGGUAAAGGCGAGCGCGCAGUCGGCGCUGCCAAGGAGGGCGAUGAAGACAAAGUGCUGGCGGCGGUGGCGGACGCGACGGCCUUUGCGGAGAAGAACCUCGCUUAG